AUGAGCAACUAUCCAAGAAGAAGCGCGCGGAUAUCACAUCUCCAAGAGCAACAUAGAAACAAUCUUCCAUCGCCUUCAUUUGCACGCGGAUUCUCGCAAUCUUCAAGCACAUCGACAAGUUCGCACCCAAGUCCUGUCAGUGACGGCCUUCAAGCUGCGGAACCGCAGCACCCACACCUAUCUCAGCCUCAGCACCAAAUGCAGUCGCUCUUCAUGCCCCUCCAUCAACAACAGCAGCAACCGCACGCACAUGCUCCUUUACCUUCGCCAUCGACGGCAGAGUUGGAGCCCUUUUUCAGUCGAUCGCAUUCGCAGUCAAAUCCAUACGCUUCCCAGCAAUCCCACCUCAGCUUUCAGGCUCAGCAACGACAACAAUCGUACCAGGUACCGUCGGAGCAGACGGAGCAGCAUCAGAUGCAUCCUCAGCUACAUCCACACACCAAUUCCAUGUCACAGGAGCACCCCAUUCAUGGACAAGCGCUGAACCCAGGUCAAUUGCCGCCGGACUUUCUUGCCGAGGCAGCCAAACGCGCCCAAAUUGCCUGUCUCAUGAGAGACCUUGGUGACGUCUCGCUCUAG